GAUGAGGACUUCGCGGAAGAAGAAGAAGAAGAAGGCCAAUCAAAAUGAUCGAAUUAGUGACUUACCAAUUAAUGUCAUUGAUGAAAUCCUAGGAAACUUGAGAAUCCGAGACCAAGUUAGGACUAGUAUUUUGUCAAAAAUGUGGAGGUAUAUGUGGACUUCAGCCCCGCAACUUCGUUUUGACCAAGAUUUUUUUGAAAGUUUUCUGCAUCAUGAAGACUAUGAACCUGAAGACUAUCAACCUGUAGUCUCUAAAAUCAUCACGGAUGUUCUUAUGAUCCAUAAUGGGCCAAUACACAAGUUUUCGAUUGACAUAAGUCCGGGCUACCCAUUUCGGAUCUCAAUGGAAAAUCUCAAUACGUGGAUCCCCUUUAUGUCAAAGGACAUUAAACAUCUUGAGCUUUUGGCCUUGAGGAGUUACGAGGAUGAAACUCAAACGUCGGAUAUUCUCUUCUCUUGUAAGGAAUUGACUUUCCUCAAACUUAGUUCAAUUUUCUUGUCAAUUCCACCUAAUUUCAACGGCUUUAAAAAAUUGCUUGAACUUCACUUAUUUCGUAUUGAAUUUGAGUCUGGUGCAAUUGAGAGUCUUGUGUCUGGUUGUCCUUUACUUGAGAAGCUCAAGAUUAAAUCAUGUGAUGGUUGUGAUUAUCUUGUUAUAUCUUCUCCUUCUCUCAAAGUCUUAGUGCUAGAAUUGUACGAUACAAAGUCAAUUUGUCUCAAGGAAGCAAAGAAUCUUAUCGAUUUUACACUCAAAACAAAUCCGACUAGAGGUUUGAUCAAAAGUUUGCCAAAAAUUAAGAAGUUUUCUCUGGACAAUUGGAUAAAGGAAUCAUAUGCAGAUAUCAUUCUUCCCCCGCUACUAACAAGUUCAUUCAGCUCUUUGGAGUAUCUGGAAUUGGAUGACUUGAGUUUGAAUGAUGAAGGAGACUUUUUGUAUUUUGUCAGUGUUCUCAAAAGUUCUCCUAGGUUGAUUGAACUUGUUAUUAGACAGAGAUUAAAAGAUGUUGAUGCCAUCCAAGUGUCAGACCAUUGCAAGGAGUUAGAAUGCGGGAAUUGUUUCCUUAAGCUUCAGACAGUGAAUAUCCACGUUAGCACUAACUCGCAGCAUGGAAUGAGUUUGAUACAAUUCAUACUUGCAAAUUCUCCUUCAUUAAAGACUCUUAAUUUUUGGUGUGAUUUUGAAUUAGAUACACCUAUGUUGUUAAACAUUUCAAAAGACUUGUUACGGAUGGAACGAGCAUCACCAAAAGCACAGGUUGCUUUCUUUCAUCUUAAAGGAGUGGUACUACUUUAAGGGAAUGAGAGUAUUUGGGGUUUUGGUGAAAGUGGAUGUGUUGUAUGAUGUAAUGAACUUGUACUGAUGUAGCCAGAUUGUACCCAUUUGUGAGAUGAAGAGGUGAAUAUCUACGUCUGAGCUGGUGCAAUGAGUUUACUUGCAAACUCUCCUUCAUUAGAAACUCUUAAUUUUUGGUGUAUUUAUAUUGAAUUAGAUGCACCUAUGUUAUUAAACAUUUCAAAAGAUUGUUACAGAUGGAACGAGAAUCACCAAAAGCUCAGGUUAAGUUCCAUUUCCUUAUAUACAACGCAUUCCCAAAUACUCUUUAACUUUGGUAACAUGUGGCCAUUGUUUGUAAUAGUUUAUGAAUCA